UCCGGGCUGGGGGGCGUGGCCAGUGGCGGCCGCGAUGGCGUCGCUGUUCGGCGGCGUGGAGGGCGGGGGCACCCACUCCAGGGUGGUGCUGGUGUCCGGGGAUGGCCAAAUCCUGGCCGAGACCGAGGGACCCUGCACCAACCACUGGCUCAUCGGCUCCGAGAAGUGCCUGGAGAGGAUCGAGCACAUGGUCAGCGAGGCCAAGAGCAAAGUGGGCGUGGACCCCCAGGUGCCCCUGCGCUCGCUGGGGCUGUCGCUGAGCGGAGGGGACCAGCAGGACGCCAUCGGGAAGAUGACGGAGGAGCUGCAGCGCCGCUUCCCGCACCUGAGCCAGAGCUACUUCAUCACCACCGACGCCGUGGGGGCCAUGGCCACGGCCACCGACCACGGUGGCAUCGUGCUGAUCUCAGGCACGGGCUCCAACUGCAAACUCAUCAAUCCCGACGGCUCCGAGACGGGCUGCGGUGGCUGGGGCCACAUGAUGGGGGAUGAAGGCUCUGCCUACUGGAUCGCUCACCAGGCUGUGAAGAUGGUCUUUGACUGCAUGGACAACCUGGAGGUGCCGCCCCACGACGUCGCCUACGUCAGGCAGGCCAUGUUCGACUACUUCCAGAUCUCGGACAGGAUGGGGCUCCUGACCCACCUCUACCGCACCUUUGAGAAGUCCAAAUUUGCGGGAUUUUGCCAGAAACUGGCGGAGGGUGCCCAGCUCGGCGACCCCCUGUGCUGCCACAUCUUCACCAAGGCCGGCGAGGUGCUGGCGCGCCACGUGGCCGCCGUGCUGCCCAAAACCCACGAGAGCCUGUUCCGCGGCGAGCUGGGGCUGCCCAUCGUGUGCGUGGGCUCGGUGUGGAACAGCUGGCAGCGCCUGCAGCCGGGGUUCGUCCCGGUGCUGGAGCGGGCGCGGGACGCGGCUCCCGGGCACUUCUCCAGGUUCAGCCUGCUGAAGCUGAGGCGCUCCUCGGCGCUGGGGGCAGCGCGGCUGGGGGCCAGGCGCGCGGGGACGGCGCUGCCGCUGGAUCGCGCCGGCAGCGUGGACGUGUUCUACACGCACGACUUCGGGGAGCCCUGACCCCAGAAAGGGGACGGCGCCCCGAAACGGCCCCCCCCGAGCGGCCCCCCGGGGGGACGGGGCUGGGCCCUGUGUGGGGUUUGUGGUUCGGCAAUAAAACGGUUGCACUGGC